UCAACUUGAUUCACAACCAACCAAACCAAGCACACAAGAGUCGCCAUUUCGCGCGGCGCAGGAACCAAACCUGCAGAAAACCAAUGGAAGGAGCAGGCGAGGAGAAGCCGCACGCCGUGUGCCUGCCGUUCCCGGCGCAGGGGCACAUCACCCCGAUGCUCAGCGUGGCCAACCUCCUCCACGCCCAUGGCUUUCACGUCACCUUCGUCAACUCCGAGUACAACCACGCUCGCCUCGUUCGCACACGGGGUGCCGCUGUGCUCGCUGGCUCCCCGGGCUUUCGCUUCGCCACCAUCCCCGAUGGCAUGCCGCAGCCGUCCGGCGACGUGGAUGAUGAUGUCACGCAGGACAUCCCGUCGCUUUGCAAGUCCACCUUGGAGACUUGCCUCGGCCCCUUCCGCCGCCUUCUCACCGAGCUCAAUGAUGCGGCCUCCACAGGGGACCACCCAGUCGUGACUUGCAUCGUCUCGGACCUCACCAUGUGUUUCGCCAUGGAUGCCGCCAAAGAGCUAGACGUCCCAUAUGUCCAGCUUUGGACGGCCAGCACCGUUAGCUAUCUCGGAUUCCGUUAUUUCCGUCUCCUCAUUGACCGUGGCAUUGUCCCACUUCAAGAUGUGAAACAGCUGACAGAUGGAUACCUUGACACCCCGGUGGAGGAUGUACCGGGGCUGACGAACAUGAGACUUAGGGACUUCCCUAGCUUCAUCAUGAACCCAGAUGACUACAUGGUGGGGUAUGCCAUCAAAGUAACCGAGAGUGCGGCCAGGGCUUCCGCCGUAAUCGUCAACAGUUUUGACGACCUCGAGGGCGAGGCGGUGGAGGCCAUGGAAGCGCUCCUUGGCAGACCCAAGGUCUACACAAUCGGCCCGCUCACUCUGCUAGCCCCGCGCUCGACAGGUACCAUCGGUAGCCUCAGCCUGUGGAAGGAGCAGGAGGAGUGCCUGCAGUGGCUCCACGGCAAGGAGCCCGCCUCCGUCGUCUACGUAAACUUUGGAAGCAUCACGGUCAUGACCAAGGAGCAGCUCCUGGAGUUCGCGUGGGGGCUGGCGAACAGCGGCAGGCAGUUCAUGUGGAUCAUCAGGCGCGAUCUCGUCAGGGGCGACGCGGCGGUGCUUCCUCCUGAGUUCAUGGAAGAGACGGCAGGCCGCGGGUUCAUGGCGUCCUGGUGCCCGCAGCAGGAGGUGCUGAACCACCCGGCUGUAGGCGUGUUCUUGACACACAGCGGCUGGAACUCGACAAUGGAUAGCAUGUGCGGCGGCGUGCCAGUCAUCAGUUGGCCCUUCUUCUCGGACCAGCUUACCAACUGUCGGUACCAAUGCAACGAGUGGGGUGUCGGCAUGGAGAUCGACAACAACGUCCAGCGCAACGCCGUCACAGGCCUUAUCACGGAACUCAUGCAGGGUGAGAGUGGAAAGAAGAUGAGGAAGAGGGCAGAGGAAUGGCGGGAGAAGGCAAUCUUGGCGACCAAGCCCGGCGGUUCGUCUCACCGCAAUUUCAAAGAGCUCCUCCGUGAUGUACUUCUGCCUAAGAAAUAGUUCAGAUCUUCCAUGUAUAGUUUUUUAAAGGACUUCCUUGGACGGCUGUGAUGUACUGUACCUCUUAUCAGUGACGUUUUACUUGCAAA